GCCCCUCUCUCUGCGAUUCGCAUCCCUCGCGCACACACACACACACACACUGGUGAGCUCUCUGCCUCCAUCCUGUAGCAGCUGCAAGGAGCAACAGGGAUUUCUGAUCCUCAAAUUCACUUUCUCCCUUGAAAUCUGCACAAAGCUUUUAUAUCCUCCUUUCAGAUAUGGAAACUGUUGCACCUCUGCCUCUUAAGUGACUUUAACAGACGCCCACGUUGGUUGCGAGUGGACAGAGAGGGGCCACAUCUGGAACACAUCUGUCUUCUUGGGGCGUGGGAAGACCAGAAUCUGAUUUCCAGUGUUCCUGGGGGCUCUUAGUUCGGUGGGGUCCAGGCGGGAAUGCUGUUGCAUCUCCGAGUCCAGGAGGUGGGGGUUGCCUUGCAGGAGUGUGGAUAGAGUGGAAAUACAACCUUGGUGGAUUCCCUACUUUGCAUCUGCCUUUCAUGGGACUUCCAAGCCAGCCUGCCUGGCUGCGCCAUUUCUGGGGGGCUCCCACCUCUCAAAAUGAGUGGGGAUGUUCUCUAGCAGCUCCUGACCCUGUGCAGCACAGCAGGGCUCGUCCUGUUUAAGAGGAGAUUUGGUGGCAACAGGCGAUGGGCAUGCAAAGACUAGUGGCGGCGGCUGUGGCAGUGGCAUUGGUGUCCCUUAUCCUUAACAAUGUGGCUGCCUUCACUCCAAACUGGGUAUACCAAACAAUGGAGGAAGGACGCAAGCGCAGCGUUGGCCUUUGGAAGAUGUGCCUGGCUGGAAGAGGGGUAGGCACCCGGCCAGGACAAGGGGAGGAGAGGGUGUGCCUACCUAUUGGAUGGGGAUCUGAGCCAUCUGGCUUACAAGAAUCCCGGAACACAGUCAAGUUACAGUUUGACAUGAUGCGGGCAUGCAAUUUGAUUGCCACGGUAGCCCUGACUGCUGGACAGCUCAUUUUCCUCCUGGGUCUGAUGGAGCUGCCGAUUAUUUCCCAGGAUUCUCAGUGGUGGGAAGAAGCCAUAGCUGCUGUAUUUCAACUUGCAAGCUUUGUUCUGGUCAUAGGACUGGUGACCUUUUACCGGAUUGGACCCCACACAAAUUUAUCCUGGUCCUGUUACCUAGAUAUCGGUGCUUGCCUACUGGCAACUUUGGCAGCUGCUAUCCUUAUCUGGAACAUCCUCCACAGGCGGGAGGAUUGCAUGGCGCCCCGGGUCAUAGUCAUCAGCCGUACACUGACCGCCCGCUUCCGCAGAGGCCUAGACAAUGAUUAUGUGGAGUCUCCCUGCUGAUGACGACAUGGAGCAGACAUCAAAAUGCGUAACGUGCUAUGUAGAACAAUCUAAUGUUCUCAAAAACCACAAACAAUCAAUGUUAUCAAGAGUAAAGAGUUAUAAAGAUAUAAGUACCAAAUGCAUAAAUGCAAACAAACAGAUCGGAUGAUUCAACUAAAGACAGUGGAUUCCUCUCAACGUAGAAAGGCUCAUAUGACAACGCGUAUAUAUCAGCGUGAAAGAGUGAACUAAUAUAUACACGGAUCUACAUCACUCGGCUCUUUUGGAAUACAAAAAAUAUCAAUUGCUCUGUUCAUGUUUGGCACCUGGAUUCCAUGGUGAAUUCUCUAAUUGUAUCAUGAAGAAGGGUCUAUAAAAUACACAGAGGAACACCGUACAGGCCAUCCAGCCUCACGGUCUUUCAAUAUCUCUGUGAUGACAAACACAAUAUAGUAAUUCAGCACUUUUUUCCUCCAAAAGUUACGGUCAAGGAUGUACGGCAACAGCCAAUAAACUGACUGCUCAUAAAUCUAUGAAACAAGCUAUAAGCAAUUAUUACUCCAUCUUUCAGAACAGAUGCAACAUACUGGACCUAGGAUCACUGUUUAUUUGGAGGGUCCAAUUUUAAAAUUACCAAUAUAUAUUUAUAAUCUGUUAAUGUAUGAAAAUAACCGACAAUAUAUUUUAAUUUUUUUUAUUUUAUUUUUAUUUAUCACCUGUUUUUGUAAAGGUAAAAUUAAUAAAUGAGGAAAAGACCUUUUUAUAAGUCUUGAGGACUUUUUUGUUUUAGGAUAUUGAGCUUUAUGUUAGGGCCUGAUUCAUGUUUGUUAGUAAAGCAAACAAAAUAAAAAUAAAGUAACUUUCUGUCUGUGACUAAACAUGUUGCCAUUCAUGCAGAAGCAAAUACUUUUUUAUUUUUCUAUGCAGGGUAUAUACCGGCUACUUUUGCAUGGAGCCCACAAAUGUUAGGCAGCUUUAUUUUUACACUGCAAUUUAGAUUCCAGUUUGAACACAUCCCAUCCAAAUCUAACUCUCUCUGCACAUGUUACAUCUGCCCCACUUGCAGGGCAACAUGGUUUUGCCCAUUUUCUUGCUUUUUUGCUUAACUUACAAACAUGAAUCAGUCCCAUACUGUGUAAUUACUCUAUUAAGCAGAAAUGCAGACAGUAGUAGUGCCUGCAACAACCAAUGGCCACCUGUCACACUGGCCCUCAUUCAGAUGUGGCUGGAGGUGCUGCGUCCGUCGUAAAGUACCGAUUAUUGGUACUUUGCGCAGGACCUGUUCUGUGCAUGCGCGAAUGGGUCCUGCGACGAUGGACGCAGAUUGGCACCUGUCAGUGAUUGCAAGUCUGAUGUCACUUGGGGACAGCAAUGGCCUCCGUUUUUGCAAACAGAGGUGUGUUGCCACUACUGCAGGGAAGGUACGAGGCCUGGAUCUCUGUCAGAGGACGGAGAUUUCCUGGCCCCUCGUUGCUGCUGCGGCAGACAACUUGCACGAUCCCAUGGGUCACGCAGCCGGCAGAUGGUGUGUGUUGGAGAUGAACAGAUGCUGCGUCCAGGGACGCAGUUUGGAUCAAUAAUGCAGCAGAAGGUGUGACCCCCCGCCUCCCUAACCAUAUUACUGCUUCUAUGUAAGCAGCAGCGAUAGCAACUCCAACCACAUCUGUAUGAGGCCCACAGUGCAUCGACUGCACUAUUCACAUAGCUGUAGUAAUACAUGAAUGGGCCAGGUUUGUGUGACCAACGGCGGGAUCCCGGCUUUUAGCUGGCCGGCGGGGAAGGGGGGGCACAACGAAGCCACGCAGCGGGCUCAGUGGCUCGCUGCAGGUUCUAUUCCCACUCUAUGGGUGUCGUGGACACCCACGAGUGGAAAUAGUCCCUGUUGGUCGGCAUGCCGACCAUCGGGCUGUUCACCGGUCGGGAUCCCGGCGUCAGUAUAGUGACCGGCGGUCAGGACCGCAUCCUGUUGUGUGAGCCAUGGGCAUCCCCGCUGCUCGAUUACACGGUUUGUCCUUAAAUGUAGUGUAUUCCAGUUUACCACAAAUACUGUCCUAACUAUCAACCCUUCACCCUCCUGAACUUAUGCCCUCACUAGCACAAUCUUUUCCCGGUCCUUAAAACUAAGGAAAUAUAGUUUCACCUCAACUCCACAGUUACUCAGCAUUUCCAAAGUGGUGUGCAAACAUCUCUAUAGAAGCAGCUUGUAUUAUAGUACAGUUCCUUUUAGGCAUCAGCCUCGUGCACAAACAAUGUCCUGCCAGAAGACAUGUAAGGUAAUUUCCCUUUAAAAUCAAUAAUGCUGAAAUCUUCACUCAGGAGACAUCCAUACAAAUAUGAUCUGCGCUCACUGACUGGGCCCAAAUCCUGACUGCUCAGUAACCAGGCCCUGCAUAAAGGACUUUCACAGAGAAAUAGUAAGAGUAUACAAAACUGACAACUACAUUGCCAAGAAUAACAGCACAAGCAAUAUGGUGUAUUUCUUCUGAUGCUACUAAUGUGUAGCCUGUCUAAACCUACCCAUAAGUAGACAAAAUAAAUAAAGAAACUCGGGACGGAGCAGCAACAAUAGGUUCGAUUAAUUUAACGCGUAUAUGUGUACUGAAAACGGUGUGAAACAAAGCACAACUUUGACCUAUUAUUGACACGGUCUAUUCCCCUCACACUGGUCAAACCUAAGCGGCACGAAAAAAAUUUAUUACUCACUGGCGCCAUUGUCUCUGUGAUUUCUGUACUGCACAGGAACAGAUCUUUGGGAGAAACUGGAGCAUGAACCAUUUUUCAAGGGAAUUCUGCAGCGCUCGGUGGAGAAAUAAGUAUAGUCUUUGGGUACAGGGUUUGUGGUGUGAACCCCCUGGACCCAUUUGAAGAGGUAAGUAUAAUCUAUGGGUGCAGAGUGUGCGGUGUGGGCCCCCCUGGACACAUGUGAAGAGGUAAGUGUAAUCUAUGGGUUCAGGGUAUGUGGUGUGGACCCCUCUGGAUCCAUGUGGGGAGGUAAGUAUAAUCUAUGGGUGCAGGGUGUGCGGUGUGGGCCCCCCUGGAUCCAUGUGGGGAGGUAAGUAUAAUCUAUGGGUUCAGGGUAUGUGGUGUGGACCCCUCUGGAUCCAUGUGGGGAGGUAAGUAUAAUCUAUGGGUGCAGGGUGUGCGGUGUGGGCCCCCCUGGAUCCAUGUGAAGAGGUAAGUAUAAUCUAUGGGUUCAGGGUGUGUGGUGUGGGCCCCCCUGGAUCCAUGUGGGGAGGUAAGUAUAAUCUAUGGGUUCAGGGUGUGUGGUGUGUACCCCUCUGGACCCAUGUGAAGAGGUAAGUAUAAUCUAUGGGUGCAGGGUGUGCGGUGUGGGCCCCCCCUGGACCCAUGUGAAGAGGUAAGUAUAAUCUAUGGGUGCAGGGUGUGCCCCCCUGGAUCCAUGUGGGGAGGUAAGUAUAAUCUAUGGGUUCAGGGUGUGUGGUGUGUACCCCUCUGGACCCAUGUGAAGAGGUAAGUAUAAUCUAUGGGUGCAGGGUGUGCGGUGUGGCCCCCCCCUGGACCCAUGUGAAGAGGUAAGUAUAAUCUAUGGGUGCAGGGUGUGCAGUGUGGGCCCCCCUGGAUCCAUGUGGGGAGGUAAGUAUAAUCUAUGUGUGCAGGGUGUGCAUUGUGGUCCCCCCUGGACCCAUGUGCACCGCACAACCUGCACCCAGUGCAGAGUACAUAAGCCCAAGACUUUGAUUCUUUAUUUACGCACAAGUUGGCACAUGAGAUAUAUAUGUUAUCAAGGUGGCUAAUGGCUGCACAUACAAAAUAAUAAGUACUGACUGUUCAAUGGACCCUUCAAGCUAACCAUGCUUAAGUUUUCCUCUCCCAGAAAUAUUUUAAGGUGAAUAAGACACUUCAUUGAUUAAUCAGAAGCAGCAGCAAAUGCUUACAUAUACAGUAUAUGGCAGAGGUUCCCAAACUGUGUGCCGUGGCUCCCUGGGGUGCCUCUGGACACUUGCAGGGGUGCCCUGGGUUGAUGGUCAAGGACCAAUUCAAAUUAUUCAUGGUCAAUAUAAUAGGCAAAACCAGUGCUGUUGGCUGCUAGUCAUAAAAUAUGUGGCCAAACAGAAGCAAAUCUUGUCCCUCACCACACAACUGACCCUAAGGAUGACAUAUAAACGCGAUCUACAUAAUGUAAUAUUUCUUUCUAAAUUUCUCAAAAAGAAAUUUUUGGCCUAGGGGUGCCGUGAAAAAAAAUCUGAUAUUCUAGGACGCCGUGAUUCAAAAAAGUUUGGAAACCACUGGUAUAUGGUAAUGCAGCAGAAGGCGUCUGCAUAAGUAAAUGCCUCCUGCGUGCAUGUGUGCUCCUCUGCGACACCAUUGGCCGGUUGAGUGACCCAUGAGGUUAUGCAGACCGGCCUCCACAGCAUGUUGGAGAGUCCAAAAAAUCUAUUUCCGAAGAAACGUGCUUUGUGAAAAACCUCGCCGCCCCCUGUCAAUCAACUGAGGUCUGCAGCCUUACUACGUGCAACAAUGCAGUACAGGUCCGGCACAUGCGCAAUGUACUGAACAUCGGCACACUGCAAACUUCUACAGACUGCGACCGGAUCUGAAUCUAUAAUCCAUAGUGUUCUAGGUAUUUAGGAUUAGUUUUUUCAUCACAAAGGAAUUAGUAUAAAGUUGCGAAUAAAGCCUAAUGAUGGGGGUCAUUCCGAGUUGUUCGCUCGUUAUUUUUUUGUCGCAACGGAGCGAUUAGUCGCUAAUGCGCAUGCGCAAUGUCCGCAGUGCGACUGCGCCAAGUAAAUUUGCUAUGCAGUUAGGUAUUUUACUCACGGCAUUACGAGGUUUUUUUCUUCGUUCUGGUGAUCGUAAUGUGAUUGACAGGAAGUGGGUGUUUCUGGACGGAAACUGGCCGUUUUAUGGGUGUGUGCGAAAAAACGCUACCGUUUCUGGGAAAAACGCGGGAGUGGCUGGAGAAAUGGAGGAGUGUCUGGCCGAACGCUGGGUGUGUUUGUGACGUCAAACCAGGAACAAAACGGACUGAACUGAUCGCAGUUGCCGAGUAAGUGUGGAGCUACUCAGAAACUGCUAAGAAGUGUCUAUUCGCAAUUUUGCUAAUCUUUCGUUCGCAAUUUUGAUAAGCUAAGAUUCACUCCCAGUAGGCGACGGCUUAGCGUGUGCAAAGCUGCUAAAAGCAGCUUGCGAGCGAACAACUCGGAAUGAGGGCCGAUGAACGGCCUGGGGGCCUCGUAUCUGUGUUUUGCCUUUUAACACAGACUGCUUACUUUUUCCAUAAUUUUCGGUCUUACUUUGUUUACAGUGUACUAGACACUUCGUAUUAGAACUGGAAUAAAGUCAUAGAUAAUACGAAACUCAUGGCAUAGGUUACUCAUAUCGGACCUGUCCUUUGUCUGUUUAACCUGGAUUGUGCACUUUUUCCUCAAUUUUGCAGCAUUUUGCGUCUCAGUUUGCAUAUAGUGUACUCUGUAUAUAGGAUUAGUGUUUUGGCAUGGCUAAGUAUGUGGUACGCAAAUAGGGUUCUUUGAUGCGAUUUGGGGAUAGGUCUAUGUGGACAUAAUGAGUGUCUCAUAAAACACACUUUUCUUGUUUGCUACUGUAUAUCCAUGCACUGAACAAUAUAAUAUGUAAGGGAAAUGUAGUGAUCAGAGACCAAACUGACUUCUAAUAAGUGGAUAUGGGUCCAAAUUGACCUUUCACCCUAAUUAGCUACCAAUCAAUGAGAUGCUGAUCCAGAGUUCUGCCAGUUCCCAGAUGGCCGAGGACUGCAGACUGUUAGUGUGUGUGGUUGUCAGUCUACCACAUGCAUUGGGAAAGGUCUCCUUUAUGACAGGGAAACAGAUUCCCAUAAAACCACAGGCGACAGAAACAGAGCAAGUACUAUGUCAGUCGGCCUACCACCUGCAUGAAUUCGCACAGUACAGUGGGCACACAUACCGUAUAUGCAUACAGACAGAUGUAUAUGGCUGUCAAUUGCCUGAGCAUGGAUGGGCGGAACAGGGUGAGAUGGGACUGUUUUAACACAGUGGGGGUAAUUCCAAGUUGAUCGCAGCAGGAUUUUUGAUAGCAAUUGGGCAAAACCA